AUGUCCGAAACAGAUGGCUUUUCGGUGGCCAUCGUAGGUGCUGGGAUCUCUGGUCUUGCUUCGGCCUUCAACAUCCUGAGGACAGCCAGACGCGUCGGGAAAGAAGUCAGGAUCGUCUUGUAUGAUAGGAAUCCGACUCCGGGUGGUACUUGGUCUUCUUCUUCGGUGUACGAUGGCCUCAUCACGAAUAAUUCCUGGACGCAGAUGCUGCUCGACGAUGACGGAGCAGCAGAGGCCAUGUUUCGUGGAGAUCCCUCUCUCGGUGCUGGGCCGGGUGGUUUUCGGGCAACCGGAGAAGGCAUGAUCCAUGUUAUGGAGCACGCUGCUCGACAAGUAACAUCUCUCGGCGCCGAACUACGCACGCUCUGCAACAUCACCUCCGCUACGCAACCAUCCGGCCCUGGUUCAGGCUGGGACAUCACCGCUGCCACACUCCCAUCCCCAUCUACUCCCAACACUUCAUCUACCCCAGCCUUCAAAUCGGAUACAUCUACAGAUCACUACGACAAACUCAUAAUCGCUACCGGAUCCUUCUCCGAUGCCGCUGUCCCCUCCUUCGCACGACCGUUCUUACUUCCACCGCGCGCAACACUUGCCCAGGAAGCUUUCGAGUUCGACGAUGAUACGCCGUUCGCGAUACAUACGUCCCAUCUGAGUGAGCCGGUUGUCCAAAGAGCGUUGAUGGGGAAGAAGAGGAAGGUUAUCGUUGUUGGAGCGAGUAAGAGCGCGUUGGACGCGUCGGAGAGGUUGGCAUUGCAUGACUACGACGUCACGCUCGUUCUCCGGAAUCCUCCAUACCUCGCCCCACCGGCUGCUAAGCAUCCCAAGACGGGCGAACCAGCGGACGCGGCUGGUGCUGUCGGUACACGCCUCAAAACCUCAACGAUCCCAUACUUUCCCGACCCCGUCCACGCCUCUACCUCUUCUUGGUUCUCGUUCCGAUUCUCGAACCCAUCAUCGUACUACACCGGCGGCCCCAUCUCAUCUCUCUUUCGCUACGUUGUCCAUUCAACCUUCCUCGGAAGUUUUAUCCACAAACGACUGAUCAACGCGGCUACAAAAGUUUUCGAGAGUUGGGGUGGAUGGACGGUGGAGGAGAGUAAGAUGGCUGAUAUGAAGCCGAGAGUUGAUUUGAUGUGGAGCGAAUCAUCGCUCUUCCCCGGCCCAGCAUCCUUUCCCGCACUCGUCCAAUCGGGCAAACUCAAACUCGUCAAGGGAACAGUUAUCGACAUGACGCAAACCUCAACCUCCUCUUCCACCACUUCAUCUACAUCCGCAUCGCCGUACACGCUCACCAUCGACUCCACCAAACCUGAGCCACUCAGUCUCACCGCCGAUAUCGUCAUUUUCGGCACAGGCUGGCGCACGGGCUCGUACCCAUUUCUGUCUCCUUCGUUGGUCGAGGAACUCGGACUACCGUUUACUUAUCAACUUGACAUCGACUCCGAUGGGUUACCGGAACGAGAGAAGACUUUCGCGAAGCUGGACGAUGAGAGCUUGAAGGCGCUGUUGAGGGACCAGAGGACGUUGAGGGAGAUACCGGAGGUUUGGCAGAGGCCGGGGUAUGCUGCGAGAGAGGCUGGGAAGGAUAACGUCGCGGUGUCGGUUCAGGUGAAUGGGAUUGCGAACGGGAAGGGGAAGGUGAGAGAAGAGGUGGCGCCGUAUAGGCUUUAUAGACUUAUGGUGCCGACGAGCCAUUUGGAGCCGAGGGACGUCGUUGUGGCUGGCGUACCGACGUGCAAAGCGAACCACGUGUUGUUCCUCGUUCAGGCGCACUGGAUCGCAGACUACUUCUUCUCACUCCUCCCAACUCCACUUCCUUCGCCCGAGAUGGCGAAUAAGGAGAUAAGUAUGCAUGCCGUCUGGAGCAGACGGCUCUUCGGACCAGCGAACGGAAAGCUGGGACAAUGGCUCGGCGCGCUCUGGAUAGAACAUUGCGGGAGACUAUGUCGUGAUAUGGGAGUACCGGACGAUGGACAAGGUUUGACGGGCGUGGUGACGAGCGGGUCGUAUAGACUGGAGGAGAAGAGGAGGUUGAGGGAUGAGAGGAGACGUUGAUAGGAAAGGAUCAACGCGAGCUGACUUUGUUUCUUCUCAUUUUGAUUUGGGAAUACUGUCCGACGAAUAAUUGAACAACGGGAGCGGAAAUGUGAAC